AUGGAGGCGUCGCACCCGCUGAGCGAUGGUGUGCCCGCUGGCACGCACGUGGUGCGCCCAUGGGCGGGCAAAGGGGAUAGGGACAGGGUGGGGGAAAGGGGGGGGGGCGGGGGGAAGCGGGGGUGGGGGUGGGUGGGGGUGGGAGGGGGAGGAGAAUGUGGUCAACGGACCUCCCCCUUGCUUGCCCCUCUUCAUCCGCCUGCCUCCCCCUUGCCCCUCCCCCUUGCCCCUCAACCAUGCCCCUCCCCCUUGCCCCUCCCCCUUGCCUCUCCCGUUGCCCCUCCCCAUUGCCCCUCCCCCAUGUGCAGGGAUAGCAUUCCACUGCUCGAAAGGACCAGCUCCCACGUGUUCAUCCGCCUGCCCCUGCGCUGGGCUAAUCCCCCUUUCCGCCUUGCCUCACGCCUUUCCCCCGUGCGUCAAUCCCCCUUCCCCCUCCCUUCCGCCCCUCACCCGCUUGAGAGGACCAGCUUCCGCCUGUUCAUCCGCUUGCCGCCCCUCCAGUGCGCCGAAUCCCACCUUCCUGCCUCCCCCUUCCAGUGGGCUAACUCCCUUUUCCCCAUUCCCCCUCCACCCCUCUCUCUCGCCUCUCCCCCCCCCAACAAGCUACUGGAGAGGACCAGCUCCGCUCUCUUCAUCCACCUGCCGCCCGUCCAUCCGGCCAGAGCAGCGCUCGGCUUCAUGGUAUGGGCAGUGGGUGCAGUGGGCGGUGGGUGCGGUGGGCGAUGGGUGCAGUGGGUGCUAGCUGGCUUCAUGGUACUGCCGAUGGGGGCGAUGGAUGUGGCGCCUGUGGUGGGGGCGAUGGGGGGCGAUGGGUGUGGCGGCAGCGACGGGGGUGAUAUGGGGCAGCAGCAACCCCUUCCGCCCAUCGUGCCUGUUGCCUCCGCUCUCUGCACACUUGCGGUGCGGAGCGGUGUGUGCAUCCAUGAUCCAUCUGUGCCCCUGGUUUCCAUUCGCAUACCGCCCCUUGCCCACAUCCCUCUGUCAUUCCUUCCCACUCCCCCCGCAUCCCCCUCUGCUCCCCCCCUCCUCACUCUCCACCCACGUCGGCAUGGCAGUCCCGAGCGUUGCCUUUGUGAUGCGCACGAUGCGAAUCAACGGCUCACAGCUGCUGCACACGUGGCAGCUGUUCGGCUGGACCAUCCACACCGCCAUCCCCACCACAUCCAUCGUUCGAGUCUCCCACUGCAAAAUGGAUGGACAAUCAACACCACCAUCCCCACCGCAUCCAUCGUUCGUGUUUCCCUCUCCAAAAUGGUGCGGUUGUUCAACAUGACGUAUUUCUGCCGAGUCGCAGCAGCAGACGGCAAGCAGCUUGACUUCGGCGAAAACCUAUCCCGAGAGGAGAACGUGUGGCUGCAGCACGAGGUGUCCUCGUUCCUGCUCAGCCUGGCUGCGGAGUCCGUAUGA